AUGAAUCUUGCCGCCCCCACAGAACAUAUGCUCGCUCCUCUGGCCAAGACCAAGGUCACUGGCCAGGCGCUGAACAUAUCCAGACCUGGGACAGGUGAAGUCAAGCGUCUUCAUCAUAUACCAAGGCCUGCGUCUCCUUUAGAGUGGCGUAAAUGGCAACUUGAGCAGAUGGCGGGAGCUUUUCGCAUUUUUGCGAAACUUGGCUUUGCCGAUGGAGGUAGUGGACAUAUCAGUUUGCGGGACCCGAUUGAUCCAAAGACAUUUUGGCUCAACCCUUAUGGCGUCCACUUUGGUCUACUCACUGUCUCCGACAUGGUCCAGGUCGACGAUCAAGGCCGCCGUGUGGGCGGCGCCGACAAGCCCGUCAAUGCCGCUGGUUUCAUGAUUCAUAGUGCCAUUCAUGCCGCUCGACCGGAUUUGCACGCUGUAUGUCAUGCUCACAGCCCCCACGCUCGAGCAUGGAGCACUUUCGGAUUACCUAUCGACAUGCUUAAUCAGGACAGCUGCAUGUUCUACGAUGACUUGGCCGUAUAUCCAUCGUUUGGGGGAGUGGUUUUUGCUGCCGAGGAGGGUUGUCGUAUUGCCUCUGCUAUGGGACCGAAGAAGAAGAAUUUGAUCCUUCAGAAUCACGGUUCGUUGACUGCUGGUGGCACGAUUGCUGAAGCGGCAGCCUUCUUCAUUGCUCUUGAGCGGGCAUGCCACAACCAGCUGCUUGUUGAGGCUGCCCUUACUUCACCGAGUCUGAAGAAGACAUUAGUGGGUGAAGAGGAGGCCGAGUAUACUAAAAAGGGAACUGGUAGUCCAGAAGUGAUGUACAUGCAGUUCAUGCCAGAAUACCUGCUGAUCCUCAAAGAGUGCAAAGGUGACUUUGUAAAGUAA